AUGGAUUAGGGAGAAUUUAUUCAGGAUGAUAAUGAUCAGGAUUAUGAUCAAUAGGAGGGAGAUGAUGAAAACAAUGAUUAUAUGGAAGAUCCUUAAUAGGAUAAUAAUUACAACUAAAAUGGCGACAAUUUAGAUGAUCAAGGUCAAGAUGAUGAUGGUGGCUAGAACAACCUCUAGCAGCCAUCAGUUCCUCCUGAAGACGAUGAGGAUGACGAUGAUGAUUUCCCUGAAUAUGCAAAUGAACAAAAUAAAAGACUUAAUGAAAUCAUCAAAAAGAAGAGAAAGCUUAUUAAGGAUAUUUCUGCCAAAAUUGAAGAGAAGUCUGACCGUACCAAAGUUUUACAAGAGCACUUGAAAAAUGUUGAGCAAGAGCUUUUACAUACAUAAGCAUUGAUCGAUGCUAAAAACAAAGAAAUUGAAACUGAAGAUCACAUGAAAUAAAUUGCUGAACGUUAAAGUGGUCGUAUUCAGAGCGAAUUGAAAAUUCUUGAAAAAAGAUCAAUUGAGUAGCAAGAAAAACUAAAUGACGUAUAAAACCAAAUCUUCAGGGGAAAUGAAAAAAUGGAUUAAUACAAGUUAGAAAUGAAUUGGAAUCAAGAAGAAUUAGAGUAGUGGGCUCUUGCUGCUCGUUAAAAGGAAGAAGAUAACUUAACCCUUGAAAAAUAUAAACGUGCUGAUGAAGUUAAAAUCAAGGAAUUGAAUCUUGCCAUUGAAAAACUUACUGCCGAAGUUGGAAGAAAAUAAAACGAAUUAGAAAAGGAAAUUACUGAAACUUAAGCUGCUCAAAUUGAAUUAGACAAGACUGCUGAAGAAUUCAAGAGAUAACAUGAGGAGAGACAUAAAUUAUUUUUGUAAUGGCAAGAAGUAACAGAAAUUAUCUCAAAGAGAGAUCUUGCUAUUCGUGAGGAAGGUGAAAAUUUCGCUCGUAUUAAGAUUGAAAUCAAGUCAAAUAAAGACGCUUUAGAAGAAAGAAAGCGUAUUUUGAAGGAAGCCAAAGAAGAAAACAAACGUAUCUAAAUGGCUAAUGAACUUAUGGAAAGACAAAAUAUCUAACAAAUAUCUGAUAACAAACACAUUGAAGAAUAAUUGGCAGAGAAGAAAGCUGAUGUUGAAAUCCUUAAAAACUAAGUUAGUGCUUUUGCAAGUGAUUUGUCUUCCAAAAAGAACAGAAUUGCUAUUUUAAGUUAAGAAUUGCUAGCUAAGAAGCAAAGACUUAAUGCUGCUUAAAAGAAGUAUCAAGCUCACUAAGUCAAGCUAAAAAAUGAAGAGAUUAUGGCCAAAUAAUAUGAAAACGACAGAUCCUAUGCUGAAGAAAAAUAUAGAAAAAAUGAAAAGGAAAAGAAAGAACUUGAGAAGGAAAUCAGAACUUAAAAGGAAAAUCUGUUUAAGCACACCUAAGAGUUAUUCAAACACAGAGAAAGAGAAGCUAACCUCUAUGGUGAAAUCCAAGGAAACAUGGCUGCAUGCAGAAACCUUUAAUCUCAUAUUACUAAAUUAAAUCAAGAAUUUUAGCGUCAAUAAGAACUUUUGUAUAAUGCUGAGUAUCAAAUCUAACUCAUGGAAAGAAGAGUAGCUCGUGCAAAGGGUGAAAGAACUUUAGAAGAAAAGAAGGAUUUGGAAAAUGAAAUUAUGAAUGCUGAAAGGGAGCUUGGAGGAGUCACUGGACAAAAUAAAGAGCUGAUUGAAUCUCUCAAGAAUUUAGAUGAUGAAAUUAGAACUGUGAAGAAAAAACUUGCUUACGUUGAAGAAGAAAAUACAAAGUAUUCCAGUUUGAUUGAAGAACUCAUCCUUGAAAACGAUAUGACUUACUAAGAUUUGAAUAAGAUCAUUAAAUAAAAAGAAGAAGUUCUCGUUUAACAUGAUACAAUGAAGCUAGAAAUUAAAAAGAUCAAUGAAAGUUUGAAUGGAGCUACAGAAAAAGUCUUCAAUCUUGAAAACUAAAUUUACUAAUUAGAAAUGAGUAUGCAAGAAAGAGAAAAGGAAAUUGAAGUCCAUAAGGAUGUCUUAAUGACCGAACAUAAAGCAGCAGAAGAAGAAAGACACAAAAUUGCAGUAGAAUUGGCUGAAAGAAAAAACAAAGUCAAGAACUUAAAGAUUAAGUACGAAUCUCUAGUUCAAAAAAAUAAGGCUUCAAAUGGUGAAGUUGAAUCUGUACAUGAGCACUCUCAAGCUUACUAUGUUAUUAAAGCAGCCCAAGAAAGAGAAGAAUUACAAAGAAAGGGUGAUGAACUCAAUGCCAAAAUAUUGAAGAAUGAAAAAGAAUUAAAGGCAUUAGAUAACACACUCAACCAUUUAAAAAAUAGAAAUUCUAAUUACAGAGACAAAUUCCUUAACAAGGGAGUUACUACUUAACAUAGAGAAGAAGCUGAAGGAUUAGAAGAACAAUGUAGAGCAGCUUCAUAAAAUUUAUUUAAAAAGAGAGAUGAGCUACAAAAGCUCUAAAAAGAGUAAGAAGAAGACACAAGAAGAUAUACUGAAAUAAAAAAUAAAUUGGAAAGAUUAUAUGAAUAGCAUCAAAGCUUAGAUCAAGAAAUCUCUAAGUACCAAAAAGAUAUAGAUCAAUAAGGAGAUAAACUUUAAAGAGCUUAGAAUUCUUUACAAAGAAAUUAUUAGUUGGCAGUAAAUAAAAACUAAAAUUUUAUUAAUCCAAAGAAUCCUCACAUGAUUUAAGUCAAGCUUGACAAUUAAAAUAAUCUCUACAAAACUUUGCUCUAAGGGCUUUACUCUUUACAACAAGAUAUUCCCGAGCUUAGUAGCGUUGUUGAUGAAAUAUUAAAGGAAUAAAGAAUAUAAAACAAUAAGGCUCCUUCUUCGAUAGAUAUAAAUUCAAAGCGCUCUUCACAGUCAGGUCGCUCUCAAAGAUCAUAAAGAUCAAACAUUAGUAAUUAAUGA